CGGUAAAUGGUCGUCAUCGGCGACAGCAGCGUCCAGCCCAUCCCGAUCCUACACACACCUCCCCCUUUACUCACCCGAAUGCUCAGCGCCGCCAUCCUGGUUUCAUCCGCAGCCACUCUAUCCCUCACUCCGAACCAUACACAUGUCACAACUGUGGUCGCUGACCGUAGCGUCAACGGAAAUCACUCAGAUUCAACGCAACGCGUACGUCCUAGAGCGCCCUCUCAGUCUUCCGGCCAGUUGCUGCACGACAAGUGCGGCUCUUUCUCUCCGGUUCUCUUAACGGCUCUUCUGGAAAAUAUGUCGGAAGGAGUAGACCUCAUAGAUAUCUACGCCGACGAAGAGUUUAAUCAGGACUCUGAGUUUAGUAAUGCUGACCAGAUGGAUCUAUAUGACGACGUACUAGCUGCCAGCUCACAACCUUCUGAAAGUUGCACUAGCAGCUCCGAGCCACCACCUGAAAACCGACAAGCGCAAUCUCCUAAGCCAAACAGCAAAUCACCUGCUAUCCUGUAUACCUACAGUGGGCUGCGUAAUAAGAGAGCUGCUGUUUAUGUGGGCAGCUUCUCUUGGUGGACAACUGACCAGCAGCUGACCCGAAUAAUCCGUUCUGUGGGUGUCUAUGAUGUGGUGGAACUCAAGUUUGCUGAGAACAGAGCCAAUGGCCAGUCCAAAGGGUAUGCAGAAGUGGUGGUUGCCUCGGAGAAUUCCGUUCACAAACUUCUAGAGCUGCUACCAGGGAAGAUUCUUAAUGGAGAUAAAGUGGAAGUGAAGUUGGCUACCCGGCAAAACCUUGCACAGUUUGAGGCACAGGCACGAAAAAGGGUGCCUCCGAGGGCUCACUCAAGGGAUUCCUCCGACUCUGUAGACGGCCGAGCUACUCCAACGGAAAAUACUGUGCCACCGCCGCGCAUUGAGAAGCCUCCUGUUUUGCCUUUCUUCAACCGCCCUCCUUCUGCACUUCCUCUCAUGGGGCUACCACCUCCACCAAUACCACCCCCUCCGCCACUUUCCUCAAGUUUUGGGGUUCCACCUCCCCCACCUGGAAUUCACUACCAGCACCUAAUGCCCCCUCCCCCUCGACUUCCUCCCCACCUCACUGUGCCACCUCCUGGGGCAGUGCCACCUGCAUUGCACCUCAACCCAGCCUUCUUCCCCCCACCAAAUGCAGCAAUGGGGCCUCCGCCAGACUCCUAUAGCAAGGCAUCUGCACCAUACAACCACAGCAGCCGGGAGUUGGGCCCAUUGCCGCCUCCUGUCAGUGAAGCUGAAUUUGAAGAUAUCAUGAACAGGAAUCGAGCAAUUUCCAGCAGUGCCAUUUCCAAAGCUGUGUCUGGUGCCAGUGCAGGAGAUUACAGUGAUGCUAUUGAGACCCUGCUUACAGCCAUUGCUGUGAUUAAACAGUCGCGUGUAGCGAAUGAUGAGCGGUGUAGAGUCCUUAUCUCAUCCCUCAAGGAUUGUCUUCAUGGCAUUGAAGCCAAGUCUUACAGCAUGGGCACCAGUAGCAGCUCCUCCAGAAAAAGGCACCGGUCUCGAGAUAGAUCACCCAGUCGGUCUCGUGAAAGCAGUAGGAGGCACCGAGAUGUGGUCCAUAAUGAAGAUCGGCAUGAGGACUAUUUCCAAGAAAGAAGCCGAGAGCAUGAGAGACAUAGAGACAGGGACAGAGAAAGAGACCGGCAUCACUGAGAGAAGAGCAUAGGAAGCAUUCAGUGUUUUUAUGGACUCUUAAUCUCCUCUCCUUAAUCAAGACUAAAAGAUGGAGGCUUCUCCGCCCUCUCCUUCCCUCUGCUCUUUCCAGACCCCUUGGAAGGGACUUUGCCUGCAGAACUCCAUCUGGCACACUAUGGUAUUGGGACCUGAGCUUUGCCUGUGUGCUGUUGCUGCUGCUUGGUGGAGAAACACUGAAUGACUUGGAGUGUGGGAGGGGUUGUCUGAGCCACUGUGACCAGGGGGCCACUUCAAUCCACGGAUUCUUGGACCCAAAGAGAAUGGUGCUUUCCACAGAGGUCUACCACCUCUUUCCUUUCCAUGGCUUUUUUUAGGAGCACCUGGGAAGGAACCCAUCCAGCUCAUCUCUUGCAGGAAGAACUAGUGCUUCAGCACAGCACGAGGUGUCUGACCAUAGUCUCACUGGAGCUUGUGUCCACGGUCCACACUGCUUUGUCUUCUCAGGCAUCAAGGCAUCCAGUCCUCCUUAAGUCUGAUCCUUUUUCCAAAGCAGCUUCCGUCUUGCCCUCUAGCACCAUUGUAUACAGCUUAGAAAACAGUAUUUCUUCCCCCUAGGGCGGAGGGCAGGCUGGCUGCUGCUUCCAGUCAUCCUCCUUCUCCUCUUCCCCUGUUAGUUCUUUAAAAAGAUCAUCUCCAUUCUAUUUGGCUUCUUCUAGAGGGGCCUGUGUUGGUCAACUUGCUCACUACGUUGAGUCUCCCUUAAGAAAUAGAUUUGGCUCUGGUUAUGGCAGAUACCCUUUCCACAGAUGAUUUGCUAACAAUUUUCUUUGCUUCAUUUCAUGCAAUAGCUGCUCCAGUUGAAACUUCUUGCAUAAUCCUUUGUUUCUGGGGCCAGCCCCUCCCAGAGUGCCACCUUCCUUGUUGUAGAGGAAGCAUUGUGAAUGGAGAUCUGACUGAUGCAGUAGCAUGGAAUGGGGCAAAGUCAAGCUGAGGCUACCUGGAAGUUACUGAAUGCAGUACACCCUGAGCAUUUUUUAAAAAAAUUUUUAAUGUAUGUGUUGAAAGUGUUGAUUUAAGGUCCAGAACUUCCCAUGCCGCAGCCUCAUUUUAAACUGAGUUCAUUUUGGAGUGGUUCACUGAUGAGUUUGCUUCAGAUAUCACCAUACUUCACUGAUCUCUGGCAUGCUAAUCUAGGGAGACGAUUAGAGAUAGUGGAAAGCCUCUCUUCACACUGCCAUUGUUAAUUGUUAUGUAAUCAUUACUAGGGUUGCUGGAGCCUGUCAGUCUUUCAGCUGUCAGCCCCUUCAAGCCAGUUGCAUCAAAAUCUGUGAGGAGCAUUAUGGGACAGGAGUGUCUGCAGAAUUCUCAAACUCUCAGAGUUGCAACCUUUGGGUGUGCAUUUUCAGCUUUCAUUGCUCCUUCCUAGUCUGACCACCCCAGUUACUUAAAGUCAAGAUAACACAUUGUAACCUGGAAUAUGUAGUUUCCAGCACCUGGAUCUUGUUAAUAAGGCCAAGCAUCUGUUGCAUUCAUGAACAUUUAAUGUGACCGUUCAGCUGCAUGAUGAAGCCCCCCCUUGUAGAAGGAUCCUAUCUGUCUCACAAAACAAUUUUGUGGCCUAAAGAGGAUGGAUGGUGUCUGGCAAAGGAUGUUACCAUGUGAUGCAGUACCUCAUUUUGUACUGUUGAUCAGAGGUGCUCAGCUCUAAAUGUUUUUUUAAAGAGGGAAAAAGUUAUGUAAACAAAUGGAGUGACAACAAACUGUAAAAUAUUAAAAAAAUUGAUUGGAAAAGUUACUUUUUACAUAAUGGACAUUUUUAGUUUGUUUUGAAAUAAUGGAAGUAAGAAGAAAAGAAAUGAACAACAGAAACAUAGCCUUGGUUUCCCUCAACUCACCUACCCCUGUUCUUCGUGAUUUGAUUUGUUUGUCUUUUCUGAUAGGUUGGAGAUUGUGUAAUAAACUUGAUGAUAUUGUCAAUCUUUUAUACUGCAUUGUAUGGUUUCUUUUCAUUUUGUAACUCUUUUGAAUGCUGGGUGAGCUGUUUUAUAGAAUCUCCAUUAAAUAAGAUUGUUGGGGGAGGGCGGGAGUGUAAUGUGACCUAAAUAUGGAAAUUAAGGUACAUAGAUAAGACAGAUACCACGUUUGGGCUGGGUGGUAGCCCUUGUACAACCAUGGCUUUAUGUAUUGCUAAACUAAUUCAAAACCCACUUUGUGUACACAAAUUAAAAUGACUUUUUAAAAGCUUAAA